GUAAUUGGCACAAGGCAAAUACUGCUCCAGUGUGUUUUGGUGCCAGUGGUACCCAGUUUGGAUCCUUCUACCUGCCAUCUGGCGGCGGGCUGGUCGCAAUAAAGCUGGUCCACCUGUUUGGUUACGUUUCCUGUGACGUUAGUCAACCCUACCACUGGUCGUUUUGGGGGUGUGGUCAACAUGUAAGUGUAGCACAAGAAGUUGAUGUGGUCAUAACAACAUUCGACAACAAAAUAAUUUUGCCACCAGGAGAGUUCAUAAAGCUCAGCCACCAAGCAGGCAAGUGGGCCAGGGUUCCCGGAUAUAACUCAGUAUCCAAAGAGAUUGUGCUGACCCCAUUUACCGAGCCUUAUCCAGUACUUGCUGGUCAGCAGCUACGCCUGUGGUACGGCGAGGAUCUGCAAAAUUCUACUGAGGGCGACAACGGAGGAAGGGUUUGUUGCGAUGUCUAUGCUCUGUUUCAAGAGUGAAGCCUUAAAUAAAGUUGUCGUUUUCUUAUUUACCACGUUUCUAUUAAGUUACAUUAGGUACAAUAAUCAAUGCAAUGAUCUUGUUAAAACUGUUGUAUUCUAAGUUUUCUUUGUGUCUUUCAUCAGGCAAGUUUCCAUUUUUUUUUCACACCACUAACUUCGUAUAAUUUUCGCUGUUAGUUGUUGUUGUUUUUCUUGAUUUUAAAAAAGAUAGCAUAGGUGUCACUUCACAUAAUGAUGGUUUAGAACAAGGUGAUAAACUAUCUAUUAUAUGACUGGCCAA